AUCGAAAUAAAAAACAUUCUUGCUAAUGGAAAAGAUGAAAAGGAGGUCGUAGAUAUAACCAAUCUCCAGACAGAACAUAUAAAAGCAUUUCCAAUCAGUAGAUAUUAUAAAGAACCAAAACCUCAUAUUUGCAUCAUUACAACUGAUAUUAAGCAAAGAUCAAUCGCUCUUGCAAUUAUUUUAAAUCACAAUUUAGAAAUCGCCGACAAGCACAAACUGGAAACCGUCUCAGAUGAUUUGAGAGCAUAUUACCAAAAAGUUGCUCGAGAAUAUAGGAUACCACUCUCUGGAUAG